AUGGGAUCAGAUCGGAGAUGGAUGUAUGCUAGGUUAAAAGAUGGCCUAUUGACCUCAGAAUUCAUAGAAGGUAUUGAACAAUUCAUAACAUUUGCUAAGCAACAUCCAGAGUGGAUGGAUGGGGACAAACUGAAGUGUCCAUGUAAUCAUCGAAAGUGUCAGAAUCGUAAUUAUGUUGAUGAGAAUACAAUUCGGUUACAUUUGAUGAAGCAUGGAUUUGUGUCAUAUUAUUAUAAAUGGAUUCUACAUGGGGAACCCCGCACAAGUAAUAUUGAUAGUCAAAAUAUAAAUGUUAUGAUAGCGGAGUCUGUUCAAGAGGUUGAUAAUAGCACAAGCAAUACAUAUGAGCAAAUGGUAAUGGAUGCAGCAGGUCCUAAUUUCUUUCAGGAUGUAAUGGAGGAGCCUCCAAAUCCAUCAGCUCAAAAAUUGUAUGACAUGUUACAAGCUGCUAAUCAAGAGGUGUGGCCAGGUUGUGAAAGCCAUUCGCAGCUCUCAGUUGUUGCAAGGAUGUUGAACAUCAAGGCAGAACAUCAUUUGUCAGAAAGGUGUUUUGAUGACAUUUGUCAACUUAUGAAAGAGGUGUUACCGGAUGAAAAUUUAAUGACUGAAAACUUUUACAGUACAAAGAAGUUGGUCCAAGCAUUGGGCCUACCUGUUGAGAAGAUUCAUUGUUGUACUAAUGGAUGUAUGUUAUAUUGGGCUGAAGAUAGUGAGUUAACGAAUUGCAAAUUUUGUGACCAUCCACGGUUCAAACGACAUAGUCGAGGCUCUUCUAAUUUUCAAACCAAUGUCCCACAUAAGAAAAUGUACUACUUUCCUCUCACACAGAGAUUGCAAAGAGUAUAUGCUUCGAAUGCAACAGCAAAAGAAAUGAGAUGGCAUGCUGAGCAUAACCAUGAAGAUUGGGUAAUGCGUCAUUGUUCAGAUGCAACUGCAUGGAAGCAUUUUAAUAAAACACAUCCUUCAUUUGCUGCUGAGGUUCGGAAUGAAGAGUAUAUGUUCCUAACGGUAAUAGUUCCUGGUCCGAGAAACCCAAAAGACAAAUUGGAUGUGUACUUACAGCCCCUUAUUGUAGAGUUGAAACAGUUGUGGGAAGUUGGAGUUGAGACAUAUGAUGCAUCAAAGAAGAAUAAUUUUAAUAUGAGGGUUGCGUUAUUAUGGACAAUAAGUGAUUUCCCUGCAUAUUCAAUGUUAUCCGGUUGGAGCACAGCAGGCAAGACUGCUUGUCCAUAUUGUAGGGGCGAUUCAGAUGCAUUCACAUUGACAAAGGGUGGUAAACAAUCAUGGUUUGACAAUCACCGUAAAUUCUUACUAGCUAACCAUCCUUUCAGACGGAAUAAAAUUGCUUUUAGAAAGAACAAGACAGUUACAAAAAGUGCUCCCCCCAUUCUAUCUGGUGAGGAAAUUUUAGAACAAAUAGAACAUCUAGGAUUAAUGUGUGUCACAGAUAUGGGUGCAGAUGAGAAUAACAGUUGCAAAGCAAAAAACACGGGUUGGAAGAGACGGAGCAUUUUUUGGGAUUUGCCAUAUUGGAGUACUAACAUGCUUCGCCACAACCUGGAUGUCAUGCAUAUAGAGAAAAAUGUAUUUGAAAAUAUUUUUAAUACUGUGAUGAAUGUUGAAGGGAAGACGAAGGACAAUGCAAAAUCAAGGGAAGAUUUGAAAGAGUUUUGUCACCGACCUGAGUUGGAAAGUAUCCUAAAGCAUGUAACACAUUAG